ACAUUUUUUCGCCGUCAACUAACGUCGUUUCUCUCCCUCAAAUUUUCCGUGAAUAAGAUGCUUCAACCGGCUUUGUAUUCCAUCACUGAAAGCUAAAAACGUAGUCCUCGUGACGUUCCGUCACUUACCAUUUGUGGUCCUCUGUAGAUUGUAAAAUCCCACUCUUAUUGCUCAAAUGCGCUUAGAAUAAAAUAGACUGUUGGUUUCGACUUAGUUGUCGACGUUGCAAAUGAUAACACAUGAGCAAGAUCCUGACGUUGUUAGGUGGGGUCUCCAGUUGUUUGAAAGUGAUCCAUAUUCUAAUUGCGGGUAUUGUGACACUAGUACACAAGAUGAUGCUGAUUAUUAUACUGGACAAUAUUUGGAGGAAGAUCAGUAUGACCUGCAGUCUUACAAUGUAGAAAGUGAUGAGCUUAUUGCACAUGCUCUUCAAGCACAGCUUGCCAUUUCAGACCUUCCUCAAUCUUCACAUGAAGGAGAAGAGCAUUCAGAAGCAUGUGCAUUCCAACAAGAUUGGCUGGAGCAAUCCAUUGGAAGCUAUACUUCUGGUCAGGAGGGCCAAGAGGAAGAGAUAGAUGAAAUGGAACCUCCUAGUUCGUGUUCUAGCCCUCCAGAAAUGGCAUACAGUGGGGAGGAGUGGUCUUAUCCACUGGAAUUGGCAGAUGAGUAUGCUUUUGAUGGCGAAGUGGAAAAAUGGUUGAAUCAGAUGGUCCCUGUUCCACAUGUUCCUAGAAUAAAUGGAGAAAUACCCUCCAUUGACGAAGCCACAUUAGAUCAUCAAAGGUUAUUGGACAGACUGCAGGUGUAUGAUUUGGUUGAGCGUAAAGUUGAUGGUGAUGGUAAUUGUCAGUUUCGCGCUCUCUCAGAUCAAUUUUAUCGAACUGCUGAGCAUCAUGAGUUUGUGAGACAGCAAGUUGUAAAUCAGCUUAAGUCUUAUCCGGAGAUAUACGAGGGAUAUGUUCCAAUGGCUUAUGGUGACUAUUUGGAAAAGAUGUCAAAGAAUGGUGAAUGGGGUGAUCAUGUCACUUUGCGGGCUGCUGCAGAUUCGUAUGGUGUUAAAAUAUUCGUCAUAACAUCUUUCAAGGACACUUGCUACAUCGAGAUUCUUCCAAAUGUUCAAAGAUCAAAACGAGUAAUUCUUCUAAGCUUUUGGGCGGAGGUUCAUUACAACCCGAUAUAUCCACAAGGAGAUUUGCCUGCAUUUGGAACAAAAAGGAAGAAAAAAUGGCGGAUGCUUCAGAACGUACACUUGGAAUCGCCAGAUGAGUACCAAUGACUUCAUCCUGGUAGUGAUGGGUUCUGCUGUAUUAAGAACUUCAUUGCUUACAUGGGUUCUGUUGUAUUAAAAACUUCAUUGCUUACACUUCAAAAGUAGUUGCAGGCUUGCAGCUUGUAGCUUGCUCCUAGCUCUUUUAGGGAAAAUUUCUUUAGGGCAUGCAUCACAAAGAAGUCAGCGACCACAUUGCAAUGUUAUGGUUUCGUCGCCAUUGUACAUGCCCAUUAAUGCAAACCCCAUUUGACAUUCUUUCUUUUAAAAGAAGGAAGAAAAUAUUUAUAUUGCUGCAGAACUUCCCUAAAACUUUGCCGAGUUGCACUUCAUUCGUCUGCCUUUUGUUCUCUAGAGUUUUCCGCUUUUGUGGUCAAUUGCUUUCUGUUGGUGCAUGCCAGUUUUUUUUGUUGCAUGUGAUUUUGAGCAUUUUGGACUAAUUUGGAGAUAGCACAAAUGUGUGUAUUGUUUAUUACGAGAGAAAGAGAGCUAGGAAGCCUUUUGAAAUUUUAAGUAUGUAACUCAGUGGCCUUCAAUUGUUAAACAUUUUAAUAUCUAGUCCUACGUAGCCUUUUUAUCAUGUCAGUCAUUGUCGUUAGAUUGAGAUUUGAGACUGGAGAGUUUAUGUCGAACUGCUCAACUCGUGCUGCGCUUGACUGGAGCCACUUGACUUGAUCGCGGGUCCGUUUUUGUUGUAACUCUGGUCAUUUCAUCUAGCCUGUUCGCACAUUUUGUUGUGUUAACGGGCGUAUUGAACCCAUCGCAGUUAUUUGGGCCUUGGCCUGGUAUGGCUUGGAAAAAUAUCCUCAAUUAGCAGGCUGCGUAAAUGGCGGCACGUGCAGAGAUGUAACAGAAAGUAUUCAAAACUUCAUGACCAAAAAACUCCAGGUUAAAGUUAGGAACCAAAUGGUCCAAAGGUGGCAGUGACGCUUCAGCCCCUGAAACACCGCAAUAAUUCUUCAGCAAGCCCUGGUGUUGAUCCACCAAGCCUGUAGGGUGGUUGACUGCAGGAGAAGUAUUGGUAGGCAUGACACCAGUCCCAGUGGCUUGAAUGAUUGAUGGCUCGGCCGCAUGCAGAAGCCACUCAAUAGUCUGACCGUUGGUGGUGUUACCCAGCUCGCGAGUGAGCUGGAAGAUGCGAGCUGCACUCAUGGCUGACACUCUGAUACGCCUAUCACGGCCGUUUACCUUCCUGUGACGGUCUUUGGUGGAUCUACUAUUUCCGCCGUUAUUGAUAAGUCUGAGAUGGAGAUGAUCACCGCCGUUUGGAGAUAUCUCUUCAUUGAUUUGGAAUGGAGACAUGGGUUUUGUGUAUGUGUGUUGAAGUACUGAAGGAUUGUGUAUUUAUUAAUUAUUUCAAAAUGCCAGGGCUCAUAGGGGUUUAUAUAAAGAGAGAGUCUGUAACGGCAGUUGGUGAUGUAAUCAAAGGCAUGGUAGAAGGAGUUGUCCUUUCUUAGGCAGGAGAAUUCUGAGACUUCAUGGUUAGUGUGAAUAAGAGUUGGGUUGUUGAGAA